AUGACUCUGGUCGUUUACGAACUGGUACUCUACAAAGAGGAUAUUUUGGCCCUCGAUGAACUGGAGGCGGUGGGUGCCGAAUACACCUUUUUACAGCGGUCUUGGUGCCAGAGGCGGAAGCUUUGUACGCGCUUGGGGUGCUACAGUAGUAGUAGUAGUAGUAGUAGUAGUAGUUUGGAGACCUAAUAACUAGCGUCUAAAGUUCACUGCCAGGCAUGUGUUCAGUCUAACAAACGCGGAAAGAACAAAUCCUGUUCGACUUAUCUCACACGGAAUGCGUUGCAAUACACAACCCUGGCUUAACUGAACACAUGCAUGUCAGUCGGGUUCAGUUCCGCGCCAGUGUGUCUAGACGGGUACCGUAAAUUAAUGAUGUGAAGUAAGAAUAGCUUUUGACCGCCCCGGGAUGCGUGCGACUGGUGUGAACAAAGUUUAUGUCUUCGCUGCGCCACGCGCACGUAGCGGAGCCAGGCGUGUCUGCACGACAGACAGGUAAUGUUAUGGGGAUGCAUGUCAGCAUACUGUACAGUGAGGGUGGCGUCUGUGAGGGUGUCUACAGCCGUCUUAUUGUCAGAAAUAGUAUUAGUAGCAGUGGUGGUGAUAUUAAUAGUAGUAUUAAUGGUAGGAGUAGUAGUAAUAACGACGUUGUUGCUGUUCAUUGUUGCUAGUAUUAUUGUCACCGUGGUGGUGGUGGUGGUGGUGGUGGUGGUGGUGGUGGUGGUGAUGGUGGUGGUGGUGGUGGUGGUGGUGGUGCUGUUGCUGGUGAUGAUGAUGGUGGUGCUGGUGGUGAUGAUGAUGAUGAUGCUGCUGCUGCUGCUGAUGAUGAUGAUGAUGAUGAUGAUGAUGAUGAAGAAGAAGAAGGUGGUGGUGAUGAUGAUGGUGACGGUGUUGAAGAAGGAGACACGAUCGCUGGGACAAGAACUUUAUUAAUCUGA